UUUUAUCAAAAAAAAAAAGUGUGAAAUAAGUGUGAAAUACAGAGUAACUGAGAUCUUCUUCAACCUAUCUUCUUCAACCUAAUUUCAGUUUUCUGGCGGAAAAACUUUGAUACAAUCAGCAAGUUUGGUUGGCAAACGUGAAUAUUAGAUUGAAAUCUCGUUUCCCAUUCGUUUCCGGGAUGAAUUCUGUUUCAAACACGUCUCCAUUUUUCUGAAACGGUUUCCCGGUUUCCUCGUUCCAGGACGUUUCGGAAACGAUGUGGCUAGGAGUGUGAUAUCAACGUGGUGUCUUCUUCCUGUGGUAACAGUUCAUUUGCGAUCGAGAUCUAUUUCUUAAUCCUGAUUACCACUCUGCCCUUUGAAACUUAAUAUGGCAUUGCUUAUGCAUGUCCCUUUAUCUAAAAUAGGGAGGCCUUAUUUUGGUUUCAAAUCGAGCUUUCUACCCCCAAUAACAAUGGAUAGCAUUGCUAGAGAUGUUAAAGGUUUUGUUUCUAUGAGGAAAUUAAAAAAAGGGUCGCUCUCCAUUUGCUGUUCAGCUCCAAAGCUUGUACGGGAUCGCUCAUUAGACAGGCAUGUGGUAAAGCAAAAUAGAAUCCGGUUUGUGCAGAAGCUUAGGACUUUGCUUCUUUCAAAACCUAAACACUACAUGUCUAUCCAUGUUCUUUCCAAAUGCCGUUCGUACUUGGCUUUAACAAAACCUCGAUCUAUUGUCUCCAUGAUCCAACGGUAUCCUACCUUUUUCGAGCUCUUCUACGUACCAUAUCCACCUGUUCCACUUAAUGCAACUAAAACAAACUCUCAACUAUGUGUGCGUUUAACCCCUGCUGCUGAAUCACUUUCUAUGCGAGAAGCCCAUCUUAAGUCUACUGCUUCUGCUACGAUGGCCAACAAGCUUCAAAAGCUUCUCAUGCUUUCUCCUCAUAGGAGGCUUGUUUUGUCAAAGAUUGCCCAUUUGGGCCCUGAUCUCGGUCUACCAACCAAUUUUAGGUCUCGUCUUUGCAAUGAGUAUCCUGGAAAGUUCAAGACUGUUGAUACAUCCUAUGGUCGUGCGCUAGAACUUGUAUCUUGGGAUCCAAAUUUAGCAAACCCAAUUGCAAAAAUUAGAAAUCACUCACAAGAGCUAAUAGUGGACCGGCCCUUGAAAUUUAAGCUGGUGAAACUAAGAAAGGGAAUGAGUGUGAAGCGACGCCAUCAUGAUUUUUUGAUUAAAUUUGAAGAGUUGCCAGAUAUAUGUCCAUAUAAGACUUCGUUUGAGGAAUUUCAGAAAGUUUCUAUUGAAGCAGAAAAGAGGGCUUGUAGUGUUGUGAGGGAAAUUUUGGGGAUGACAGUUGAAAGGAGAACUUUGAUUGACCAUUUGACACAUUUCAGGAAGGAUUUUGGCCUACCAAACAAGUUAAGGGGUAUGUUGGUUCGUCAUCCGGAGCUUUUCUAUGUAAGUUUGAAGGGACAGAGGGACUCAGUGUUCUUGGUUGAGGCAUAUGAUGAUAACGGUGAACUCAUCCAUAAGGACGAAGGUCUACUUAUCAAAGACCAUUUGUUUGAGUUGGUCAAGCAAGGCAAGCGAAUAAGAAAAGAAAGGAAAUUGGCCUUAGCUAAUAAUGACAGUAUCUUUAAUGAGCAACCUGUCGCUGUUGUUGACCAGGAGCUGGAACCUUUUGAUGAUUCUAUUGAAGAUGAUGGAUUUGAGGAUCUGUUUGACUGGAAUGAUACAGAUUUUGAAAUUUAUGAGGAAGACAGUGAUGAGGAGUAUGUUCAACCAGUGGACGUCAAUGUAGAACAGCCAUUCUGGAGCUCAGAAGGUUCUGUAAGGGGUCAUGAAGAUGGUGAUACUUCUGAGCGCUGGUAGUAAUGAAUAUUGACAUUGUAAAAAGUUGUCUCUUUAGGUUCUGUCUGAAAAGAAAUGGAGUGAGUUCUGUGAAGGAAAGAAAGUAAGAUUCUUCUGUUGUCAUCUUGUUCGAUAGUGUAUUUUUGCUUGUAUUAGUCUGGUGAGUCAGGUAAGUCUUUCUUCCCUUUUUCUUCUUGCUUUUCCCUUCUUGAAAUUUGGAAAAAGGGAUUGGAGAACGUUGUAGCAGUUGUAUUUAGCAUAGAAUAUAUUAUACAAGAUACCUACUUACAACACCAGUUAUUAGAGUUUGGAUUCUAAUGAGGCUUGACUAUGCUUUCUAUCUAAGUCAUAGACCUGGCUCAUUCUUGAUUUAUUUCUGUAUUGCUAUCAGCCUAUAUGCUACCUUUGUACAAUCUUUACCAGCACUUUCCUUCAAUAAUGGUGAAAAUGAAAAGGGUUGAAGAAUGUCUUCCAAAGACACUCAUAUAUGCUCAGGCGCUUACCUUACUCAGAGUAUUUGCAUUUUCUGCUAGGUGGUUGCUCCACAGUGUUACUCUUAUUGGGUUGAAGAAUGUCUUCCAAAGGCACUCGUAUCUGCUGAGGCGCUUACCCUGCUCAGAGUGUUUGGCAGUUUUUGGAAGGCGUUUGUUCCACAGGCUUACUUUAUUGGUACGUCAUUUUCUCUAAUCAUUUACAGAACUUAUAACCUUGAUAUGGAGUAGCAAGUUUUUUCUGGGUUCCGUGGUGGUGUAACUCAUAAAGUCAGAAGUCACUUUCCUCUUUUGCAUGUACACCAUAUUCCAACAAUUUAACUUUAUAUGUUGCUUCUGUAAUGUCGUAAAUAUGAUUCCUGAUACCAGGCAUUGCUAUUUAGAACAUGGAAGAACAUCCCAUUGUAGAUGUUGUGUAAACGGGUCUAUUUUUGGAGCAUUACGGAUGGUCCCUUCUAGCUUUGGAGGGUUCCAUAGUUUAUGCUCCAACAGCAGCUAUGGCUUCUGGUGACCGCACACUAAUAGAACUACUGUGUGGACAGAUACGGGUCAAACAUUUUUCAUCACAAUUAAUAAAGUCAUUAGAACUCUAAACAGAUUCUUUAGGAUUCCUCUCUUUUUUAAUACCCCAUUUCGUGCACUUGCUUCGUCUUGCUGGUGCUGAGCUGCUGACAGGUGCAAUAUAACACAGGAAUACUUAGUGUGCUUUCAUGCUUCCUAGUCUUCAUAGGCAUAAGCUCCUGGAUAUUUCUAUUGUCUCUGUUUUAAAUUUUCUUCCGUUAAUGUCUUAACAUUUAAUAACUUCAGUUAUUUUCUGAGAUAUUGCACCCAUGGGAAGCACUAGUGUACUAAUGCAACUCGAAAGGUCUUUGGUUUGAUUAUGGAUGCCAUGGAAAUUUGUCAGGCAUUUUGCUUGGGUUUUCCUAUUCCUCUUAUCCAUGCUACCCUUAUAUUAUUGGCAUUGUGCAUUAUGAGUUUCAAAUGUUCCUUUUGUCCCUUCAUAGUACCCUUAUUUUUGGAGCAUUACGGAUUGGUCCCUUCUAGCUUUGGAGGAUUCCAUAGUUUAUGCUCCAACAGCAACUAUGGCUUCUGGUGACCGCACACUAAUAGAACUACUGUGUGGACAGAUACGGGUCAAACAUUUUCUUCAUAAUCAAGUCAUUCAAAACUCUAACCAGAAUCUUUCGGGCUCUUCUCUUUUUUAAUACCCCAUUUCCCGCAUUUGCUUCAUCUUAGUGGUACUGAACUGCUGACAGGUGCAAUAUAACACAAGACUACUUAGUAUGUAUGUAAGCUUGAUGCUUCUAGUCUUCAGUAGGCACAAGCUCCGGUUAAUUCCUUAUUGUCUCAGUGAUCAAGUUUAUCUUUGGCUUGUGGAUUACUAGUUUCAUUCGUUUGUGUCCCCAUCCAACCCCUUUCCCCUCCCCUUCCAUGGUCUUGUUCCCUUUUUUCUCUUGAGGUUUUUAUUGGUGUUAGCACCCGGUUCACCCUUAGGCUUAAUCCGGAUUCGGGGCGAGUUCUUGGUGGAUAAGUUUCAAUCCUCUCCCAAUUGUUGUUGUGGGGGAUCGAACACGGGGUCCUCCCUACCAAGUUCAGUCUCAAUCACCACUGAAUCAACAGACAAUUGGUCCUUUCUGAGAGCGAGGCUUGUUAACGAGUGUGAAUGAUAAAUAUGGCCUUUUAAGAGUGGAUGGAUGGAGAUCUUGUGUUCUCAAUGAAUAAUGUUGAGCUAUGGGUUUAUACUUUAUAGUCCCACAACAUGCAAUUUCCGAAGUUUGAGUAUAACAUUAACAGCUGAUUACUAUUUCAGAUAUGUAGAGAAUCGUGGAGGGUCGUCCGUAGUUAAGUCUUUUUAUGUUGGUGGAUCCAAGUAAUAUUUGUAGGGUUUGGAUUAUGGAUUUGCUUCAAACUUGUGGCUUGGAUGAUCUUACGAAUUAAAAGUAUUGGCAUCUUUUUUCUGAUAAUGUGUAAAAAUUGGUUUCUUGAAUCUUGAGUAUUUCAUUUUCAACAAAAAUGCAUUUGAUCGUUUCCCCC